GAGGACGCGCUCUUUGAAAGGAGGGAGUAGUGUAACGACGUUUAUAAACGCGGAAAUCUACUCUACCGCUCGAGCAUGCUUCUGCGGUACAGUCGAUAGCGCGCCGGACCUCGGGCUAGAAGAUCGAGGGUUCGAGACCUGCUCCUUGCCUGUUUCAUUACAAUAUCCAGUCAUUCUGACAGAUCAAGAUGGAUUACACAGCUGUGUGAACACGGUGUGGUUACAUUCAAGCAAUAGAUGUGCCAUUAUGGAACGCUCAGCAUCAGCACCAAUUCAUUGACCGCAUUAGAUCACUCGCAUCCUCUACCCUACUGAUUCACUCGUGGGCAAGACCAACCCGCCAGUCACCAUUUACAGUAGAAGUUAACCCCGCCCUCUCUGGCGUCCAGUCAACCAAUCACAUCGACGGGGACGGAUUUUCUGAACUUGGAAUACUGAAAUCUGUUACAAUUUGACAGGCUCGAGAACCCUACCGGAAUGCAUGAGCUGCAGAGAGAGUGAACGAACCGAUGCAGGCAGACGAAAUGGAGGUACCUAUCAUUAAUAACAUUAACAAUAACUGCAACAAACAAAGGCCUCUGCCGAAUGGGAGAGAUGUGCUCAAGAAUCUGCUGAAGGAUUGGGAGAGCUCCAUGGAGUCCCCUAACCUGGAGUUUGAGUAUGGGGACACAGACAGCCUGACUGCUGAACUCUCAGAGAUAUACAGUUACACGGAGGAGCCCGAGUUCGCCCUCAACAGGGACUACUUUGAGGAGGAUUUCAGGAGCCAUGUGCGGGGGAGGAGGUGGAUUGAGCUGGGUCAGGAGCAGCAGAGGGCCUAUGUGAUGAGACUACUAGAUGCUUUGGAGGUCACUGACCGGGACAAGAGGCUGAAGGUGGCCCGGGCCAUCCUCUACCUGGCACAGGGGGUGUUUGAUGAGUGCGACACGGACGCGGACGUGAUCCACUGGUCUCGCCACAACGUGUUCCUGCUGUAUGACAUGGGCAUCUUCACCGCUCUCCUGGAGCUGCUGAGCAUGGAGAUCGAUAACAACCAAGCCUGCAGCAGUGCAGUGAGGAAACCUGCCAUCUCUCUGGCGGACAGCACAGAACUCAGGGUCUUGCUAAGCAUCAUGUACCUGAUGGUGGAGACCAUCCGUCUGCAGACAGAGGACGACAGGCCUGAGUGGAGAACUGCCAGAGAGGCCUUCAAGACUGAACUGGGUUCUCCUCUGUACAACGGAGAGCCAUUUGCCCUGUUGCUCUUCACCAUGGUGACCAAGUUCUGCAGUAUGAACGCUCCACACUUUCCCAUGAAGAAGGUCCUGCUGCUGCUCUGGAAGACUAUCCUGUUCACGAUGGGGGGAUUCGAGGAGCUCCAGGAGAUGAAGGUUCGAGGCAGAGAGAGGCUGAGCUUGCCUCCCCUACCUGAGGACAGCAUCAAGGUGGUCCGGAGCAUGAGAGCAGCCUCUCCUCCAGCCUCGGCAAUGGAGCUCAUAGAACAGCAACAGCAGGCCAAGAGAGGACGCCGCAGCCGCAGGAGUGCCUUUGUUGAUAGCUUGGAAGGAGACAGUCCCUUUCCCAAGAAGCAGCCCCUGGUAAAGCAGGACAGCCUAGACACGUACAACGAGCGAGACCCCUUUAAGAACGACGACGCACGCGACGAGGAGGAGGAUGGCGAGGAAGCCGACAGUGGCAUCGAGGGCGAGGUGGACCCCCUGGACCGUGAUGUCAUCAUCCAGCCGCCACCCCCACCGCCCCCGCUCAGACCCCCCACUGAGAGAGCGUCCCUCCCCAAGGGUCUGCCCUGGGCCCCCAAAGUCAGAGAGAAAGACAUCGAGCACUUCCUGGAGACCAGCAGGAACAAGUUCAUCGGCUUCACUCUGGGAAAUGACACAGAGACACUGGUCGGUCUUCCUAGGCCCAUACACGAGAGUGUCAAGACCCUUAAACAGCACAAAUAUGUCUCUAUAGCCGAGAUGCAGAUCAAGAGGGAAGAGGAGCUUCAACAGUGCCCCAUGACCCUGGGAGAAGAGGAUGUGGAUGAGAACCCAACAGAGAUCCUGUAUCUGGGAAUGCUUCCUAACCUGUCUCAGUAUGUGAUUGCCCUUCUGAAGCUGCUGCUGGCUGCAGCACCUACCUCCAAGGCCAAGACGGACUCCAUCAAUAUACUGGCUGAUGUGCUGCCAGAGGAGAUGCCAAUCACGGUCCUCCAGAGCAUGAAGCUGGGUAUUGACGUGAACAGACACAAGGAGAUCAUUGUCAAGGCCAUCUCUGCCCUUCUGUUGCUGCUACUCAAGCACCUGAAACUCAAUCACAUCUACCAAUUUGAGAUUGUCUCUCAACACCUGGUGUUUGCUAACUGCAUCCCACUCAUCCUCAAGUUCUUCAACCAGAACAUCAUGUCUUACAUCAGUGCCAAAAACAGUAUAUGUGUGCUGGACUUCCCUCACUGUGUGGUCCACGAGAUGCCUGAGCUCACGGCUGAGAGCUUGGAAGCUGGAGACAGUAAUCAGUUCUGCUGGCGUAAUCUCUUCUCCUGCAUCAACCUGCUGAGGAUCCUCAACAAGCUGACUAAAUGGAAACACUCCAGGACCAUGAUGCUGGUGGUGUUCAAGUCUGCUCCCAUCCUGAAGAGGGCGCUGAAGGUCAAACAGGCCAUGAUGCAGCUGUAUGUCCUCAAGCUGCUCAAGAUACAGACCAAGUACCUGGGCCGCCAGUGGAGGAAGAGCAACAUGAAGACCAUGUCAGCCAUCUACCAGAAAGUACGACACAGGCUCAAUGACGACUGGGCCUAUGGCAACGAUAUCGACGCACGGCCGUGGGACUUCCAGGCGGAGGAGUGCGCCUUGAGGGAGAGCAUCGAGAAGUUCAACAGCCGUCGCUACGACAAGAACCAGAACGGCGAGUUUGCCCCGGUGGACAACUGCCUGCAAAGCGUUCUGGGCCAGCGUGUUGAGCUGCCGGAGGACUUCCACUACAGCUAUGAAAUGUGGCUGGAGAGAGAGGUGUUUUCACAGCCUAUCCAAUGGGAGGGUCUACUACAACAGGCCCAAUGAGCGGGGAGGACACACAUACCAGGGACACAAGCCUACGACUACUGUGAUCUUCGUGUAAAUAUGUGGCAAAAAUAGAACAUCUGUUUGUAAUCACCUGUAUCCAUGCAGAAAUUGUACAGUAAUGAUAUAGACACUAAUAACGAUGUCAUGGCAACUUGGUAGGAGCAGGCUCUUACAGUACAAGCUAAGUGGAAUAGUGUCACUAUUCUGUCAGUCACAACAACCAAUCCAACCACUAUGUCCAAACCACCAGUUCAUUUUUUCUCACUCAAUUUGGUUCGCUUCUGUGCUUUGUGGAAUAAUUCAUUUUAAAACCAUGGCAUGUACUUUUUUUAAUGAAGAUGUACAUUUUAAGUACCGACACUGUUUUUAGUUUAUGUUGUUACAUGUGUAUUUAUUUAUGGUCACAGCCAUUAUGUUUUAGUUCGUAAAUCUCAUAGCUGCAGAUGAUAUUGUGGUUGAUUUAUAUAUUUCUAGAAAAAAGGCAUUUUUGGAAAGAUAGUACUCUGUAUUAACAGACUAACAAUUGAUUGAUUGUUUUCAAUUAAAAUAGUAAAACAUAUACAAAAAUAGCUUCUUAGCCAAGAGCAAUUUCUCUAGCAAGAAUUUUGCUUGGACUGUUGUCGUGGAAAAUCAUCUCAGAAAUAUAACGCUUUAUCAGAACUUGUGAAAUCAAAACAUGCUUUUAUUUACAAUAUUAUAACCAUCUCGAAUGUCCCACCGAACCCCCUCUCUCCCAGAGCACUAGUUCGCUCUUUAUACCCAAAUAGCAUAUGAGUCCACCCCAUAUGCAAAUAAGCAUACUUCCCCUAUUCUUUGUGCCAUCAUUAUCUUUUUAGUUCAGGCUUCCUGCUUGUUCACACAUACUAACGCUCAUCAUCUGCUUUCAGUUAAAUUACAAUAGUGGUCAGACCCUCUAUCUUAGUGUCAACAUACUCUGUGUCCUUCCCCUCACCACUAAAUCAAUGCACUCUUUGUUCUGUCCCCGCUAUCCCUAGGGUAUCCAAUUGCUUAUAGGCAUAUUUCUCUGGUAUGUAUGUUUUUCUUUAGUGGAAUGAAUAGACUAUAAAUCUAGUGUGUCAAAGCGCCUAGUAAGCGCUUUGUCUGGUCAAUCUGUCAGCACAAUGGAGAAUAUACAAGGGUCAGAGGGUCAGAACGUCCCUUAGUAGAUUUCCAUUACCACGGUCUCAUGAUCUAUGUUACCAUGUGGUUUGUUACUUUAAUGUUCAGCUAUCUUUUAUAUUUAUAUGUUAUCCAUGUAUCUUAUGUUACUACUACACCAUCUGCUAAUCUUUGGUUUCCUGUAUUUACCAGAAUGGUAAAUGCACUCACAUCUGCCUUCUUAUACUAUUUUCUAGUAUACUCCUAUCUAUUGUUUAAUUGGUGUGAUAUCUACCUACAUAUGUCACUUACUCCUACAUAAUCUGGGAGUGGUCUGAGUAGGGAGGGGAAAACUAGCUGUUAUUGUCAGACAGGUUUUGAACUCUUUUAUCAGUCUAUUAACUAAUUUACCCCGCCUGCAGAUGUCACCAGGCAGACCAAAACUCCAUCCCAAAGAAACGGGAAGAAACAGCUCUUACAUUUAAAGGGCAUUAUCAUCAUUUUCACAAUUUCACAGUAUUAUUCCAACCUCAAAGUGUUGGGGAGAAUUAAGGGAGAAUUUAACAACAUGAACCCUUUCUAGGUUAAUAGUAUUUUAAUUUAUGUAAUCACUAACAGAUAUUCCUAUAAGUCAUUGAUUAUCAACUAGAUCCUACUGCGGGAUGGGUUUUUUUCUUGAGUGGAUGGUCAAGGGGGCUGAAACAACAUAAUUACAAAUAAUUUGUAUACAUAAAAUUAACUGCAAAAAACCCAAACAGAUAUAGUAUUUGACAAAAGAUAAUAACUUCCAAAAUUGCUUACAUUUGGAUGCGAUCACGUCUCUCUAUUAUGCGUGGGAAUACUUGGGAACAGAUUUCCAAAAUUAAAAUCACAUGGAGCUGAUUUCCUGGUGUUUUAAGUUUAAAUAAAUAUUUUUUUAUGUCCAACAAUGAGGAAAAAAUGAGAUAAAAUCACCCGCGGGCCAAAUUCGGCCCCCGGCCCGCCAGUUGGGGAACCUUGCUGUAAGUAAUAUGUGGUAGUUAAUUUAUGUUUAUAAAGGUCUGUGAAGCCUUUGGCCAGAUGGAGAGAAAAGAAAGGAUAAGGACACAGGAAAACCUUUUUUGAGGCUGAUCUGAAGGGUUUGACCAGGGAUCGGGAGGCUUGAGGGGGUUCAUCGGCCCAACGUGGGAAGGCUGACUCCCUCUGGGAACCCCAAGAGUCCUGUGUGCUUCACUCUCUGUCCUCCCAAAGGUGUCAUGGCUGUCUUGGUUCAGCCCUCAGUCCACCUCCCCACUUCCGCAUAGCAGCUAACCUUGAAUAACAGCACAACAGCUGAAGGGCUACACCUGUCCUUGUGAGGCUGAUCUCCCUCGCUGAAUACACAGUAGUUGUCACACAAUGGUGCUGAUUUUUAUGACAUCUGUUGUCGAGUCAAUUUCUUUCAUUGUAAAGCAGAACUACCUUGGGCUGUCAAGGCCAUUACGUAUUCUCUUGAGUGUUCUGUAAAUUUCUCUUAAGGUUAUGGAACAUUCUCUGAUGACACAAGCACACAAGACAUGAUCAUGGUCACUUUUUCAUAUAAUCUAGUGUAGUCUUUAGUGUUUCUCUCCGGGGAAUUUGUGUAGGCGCCUGAGAUGUCCUUUGUUGUAUUAUCUUUGUAUUGAACGAUGAUUGUGUAACUGUAUUGCGCUUCUUUGUGGAAUCUAAGUCUGCAUGGCUGCAGUUUUAUACUUCUGUUUGAAUAUGUCAUAUUUAAAACUAUAUUCUGAAAUUUUAUACAAUAUUUCAAAAUGUGACUUUUGUUGAAAUUCCAAUUUUAGAACACAAAUUCAAAAUGUACUCUCACUCACAAUUUGGUAUAUGUAGGGUGUUUUGGUAAAUGCACCUACAUUUGUCUAUUGAGUCAGCACCAUGUCUGCUUCUGGAGUAUGUCUCAAAAGACAUGUCAAGUUUGUCCCACACAGGUGAAGAAGAAAGUCAUUUGACGUUCGGAGUUUUCUUGAAUGCAAAAGCUUUCAAAAUAACAGCUUAUCUUGAGGUUCUCAGGUUCAGAAUGUACAAUAAUUGUAAAGAUAAACAACUAUGGCUUCCUCCUCACUACCUAUACAGUAUGUAAGUAUGAGUGGAACUGGUGGAAUAGCAAUAACAUGAUAAUCACAAUCUAAGCAUUGAAAAGUAGUCUACACUUGGAUUGGCACAUGCAGUAACCUAACACAAUGUUGAUAAUUUCUUUACACUUGUUGCAGUUACACCGGACAUUGUUUCAGAAACCCUAACCUUGUGCCAAAGUAAUGAGUGCCAGUUUCGAUUAGAAAUGAAUGCCUUACUCAGAGCACCUCUCAUUUGAAACAAUGCAAUAUCUCUUUUUCUACCUACAAUCACUGGAAAUACUCUACAGUAUAUGUAUGUAUGAGUUCCGGCAGUUGGAGGAUGUGUUCCUAGAUGUGUUUUGCAGUGUUUGGAUAAUGCUGUUUGUGUGUUUUUGUCAUAAUUAUAGGACAGGGUAAUAAUAAUAAUAUUGGUUUUGUUCAGGGGUAUGUGCAAUGACUGUCCUGUACAGCGGCAUUAUUCUGUUGAAAGACAUCAGCGUUGAAACUUGUAAGAUAAUUCUGUCCUUCAUAUACUGUCUUUUCUAAAUAAAGAGAUCCGUGGUUUUAA